UUGAUACUCCUGAGGGAGGUUUAAAAGAAUUAAAAAGACAUUUGAUUCAGGAAGAGCAAUCAUUAAGCUUGAGUGUUGAAGAAAAGGAGGAAGAGCCAUCUGAUGCAGAAGUUGAUAAUUCAAUGUAUGCCAGUCCUUGGCAGAUUUUCAAAUUUAAUAUGAGAGAUUUUAGUGGGUCCCUCUCUCAAUUCUUGCAGCCAUAGUAUUUGCAUCAGGAAAUGCAAUAGUAAGCUCCCUAACAAAGUUUACAUACCGAACCAGAGUAAUUCAAGCACCAGGAAGUGUUUUAUGAUGCAGUCUUCUUCUCACGAUGGUCUCAAUAUUUGAUCAUCGUAGAGGAAAGCCCAACUGGUUUAAAAGGCUGUAUUUCGAGCAUCCUCAUCAUAGUUUAAAGAGUCAGAGGUUUCGGUAUCCAAGAGUGGCUCUAACAGUUGGUUGUGUGAUUGUUCUUCCCAUUCAAUUCUAUGCAUUUACAAUGAGUUAUUUCUACGCGAACAAAGCUGGAAUGAACAAUGGGAUUAUCAUGGCAAUAUACACUCUCAAGCCAAUAUUUAAUGCUAUUGCUUUCAGAUUCUUAUACCACCAAAAAUUGAGAUAUUUUGAAAUUAUUGGGAUUAUAUUGUGCACAGUUUCUAUUCUUCUUAUUGGUCUUUCACAACAAUCAGAUAAUGAAGGACACAAGAAACACUAUAUGUUUCUCUCCAUGGGACUUAUGUUAAUAUCUGCUUUCUUGGAAGCUUUAAUUAGCAUCGUCGCAAAAUAUUUCUUAGCUUUCAAAGACAACAAAGCAAACGUGUCUUCUUUUUAUUCUUUCUUUAUUGGAAUAAUUGACAGCAUCUGUGUCAUCAUCCUCAUUGUUCUAUUAAAUACAGGAUUGGAUAUUACUUGGAAAGAGAUCGGUCUUGCCCAAGCAUCAAGUAUUCUGUAUGCAUUCGGUCAAUUCAUAAUGGCCUUUGCUAUCCUAAAAGGCAAAGGGGGAACUGCAAGUGCUUUGAUAGAAACUGUGGGAGUAUAUCAAACAAUCAUUGAAGCUGUCGUUUAUUCAAGGUUCCCAAAUAUCUGGCAAAUUCUUGGGAUGGUAUGAGCAUUUUCAGCAUCUAUCAUGAUAGUUCUUGGAUAUCAUUUCUCAAGAAAACAAUCGAGUGGUUAAAAAGAUUCUAUUUGAUAUUCUCAAUA